GAGUAACAACAAGAUCUUAUGGUUGAAGAAUGGCUCUUUCUUCGGACUGAGAUCCCUGGAGAGAUUAGAUCUGAAGAAUAAUUUGAUCAGCACAAUUGAGCCAGGGGCCUUCCAUGGACUUUCAGAACUCAAGCGCCUGGAUCUUUCAAAUAAUAGAAUUGGUUGCCUAACACCGGAAAUGUUUGUUGGACUUAACAGUCUUCACAAACUGAAUUUGUCAGGGAAUAUUUUUUCAAGUCUCAUGAAUGGACUUUUUUCAGAGCUGCUAGCUCUGAAAGCACUACAUUUCAACACCGAUUCACUCAUUUGUGACUGUAAUCUAAAAUGGGUCUUGCAAUGGGCCAGAAAUGCUUCAGUUCGAAUAGCGGAGGAAACAGUUUGUGCUUACCCCAGUGCUUUACAAGGACUGUCAUUUCAUAACCUGAAGGAAAGCCAGCUGAUAUGUGCUGGGCCUCUGGAACUUCCUCUUUUUGAGCUGAUCCCAUCACAAAGACAAGUGGUUUUUCAUGGAGACCGCUUGCCAUUUCAGUGUACUGCAACAUAUGUUGACAAUACCACCCAAGUACAUUGGUACCACGCUGGUCGCCUGAUCGAAACAGAUGAAGAGAGUGGCAUAUUUGUGGAGGACAGCAUCAUUCAUGACUGCUGCUUAAUUACACGUGAACUUAUCCUAUCCAGCAUUGACAUUGAUGCAACUGGAGAUUGGGAGUGUCUAGUCAACAAUUCCUAUGGAAAUAGCACUAAACAAGUAGAAAUUGUGGUACUUGAAACAGCUGCACCCUACUGCCCUGCAGAAAGAGUCAUUAACAACAAGGGAGAUUUCAGAUGGCCCAAAACUCUGGCCGGGAUAACUGCUUACCAUCCCUGUCUCCAGUAUUCAUUUAAUUCCCUUGCCUUUCACAAUGGCGCAGAAGAGUCUAAGGCAUGGCGUAAAUGUAAUCGAACUGGACGUUGGGAUGAAGAAAACUAUUCGGAAUGUCCUUAUUCACAAGAAGUAACUCAAGUUCUUCAUGCUUUUAGUCAGAUGCACAUCAAUUUGACAACCGUGCUUGAAUUUUCCCGCCAGCUGACAGCCUACACAAGAGGUGCUUCCCACUUUGCGGAUAAAAUGGAUGUAAUAUAUUUGGCUUAUAUAAUGGAAAAGUUAAUUGUCUUCGUGGAUGAAGUUGAAGAUAUUGGGGAUGCUCUUAUUGAAAUUGCCAGCAACAUAAUGUUGGUUGAUGACCAUGUGUUGUGGAUGGCUCAAAAGGAAGACAAAGCCUGCACCAGGAUUGUACGAUGUGUGGAACACAUUGCAAGUCAAAUACUGACCAGCAAUAUUCAAGUUAUAUCAAAGGUAUCUCGUAAUAUUGCUCUGGAGGCCUUUAUGAUCAAGCCAUCUAGUUUCACAGGAAUGACUUGCACUGCCUUCCAGAAAAUAUCUGCAAAUUCUGACAAGUCAGUGGUGCAUGAUUUGGGAAGCUGGGAAGCAAAUCACCAUCUUGAUCAACAUUUGAAUUUCAAGUGCAACACGGGCAAUCUGAAUGGUUCGUUGGUGAAUUCUUCUACCAGGAAUGCUGUAGCAGUAGCUUCAGUUCAUUUGCCACAGUCUGUCUUCUCUCAGUCUUCAGCCUGGCAAUCUGUUGAUAACUCCACUUGCAAGCUACAGUUUAUUGUAUUUCGGAAUGGAAAACUCUUUCCUAGCACAGGAAACUCAUCAAAUCUUGCAGACGAUGGGAAACGUAGGACGGUUGCCACACCAGCUGUUUUUGCUAAAAUAGAUGGAUGCAGUUUUGGAAACCUCACCAGCCCUCUUACUAUAGGGUUGAGGCACUUUGCAAGGGGUAUAGACCCCAUUGCAGCCUUCUGGGAUUUUGACCUUCUGGAUGGACAUGGAGGCUGGUGGGGAGAAGGGUGCCACAUAAUUAGUUCUGCAGGCAAUAUUACCACCAUUCAGAGUACACACUUCAGUAACUUUGCAGUGCUAAUGGAUUUUAAGACAGUGUUAUCUUUCCCCCAGUACCCCGGGGAGUUUCUGCACCCUGUGGUAUAUGCAUGUACUGCAGUUAUGUUGUUGUGCCUGUUUGCUUCCAUUAUCACCUACAUUGUCCAUCACAGCACAAUCCGAAUAAGUAGAAAAGGAUGGCACAUGCUUCUCAACUUUUGUUUCCAUACUGCUCUUACAUUUGCUGUUUUUGCUGGUGGAAUCAAUCGCAUUAAAUAUCCAAUUAUAUGUCAAGCUGUUGGCAUAGUACUACAUUAUUCUACACUCUCUACUAUGCUAUGGAUUGGAGUAACUGCCAGGAAUAUUUAUAAGCAAGUCACAAAAAAACCUCAGCCAUGCCAAAACAGUGACCAACCUUCUUAUCCAAAGCAACCACUACUCAGAUUUUACCUGAUUAGUGGUGGAGUUCCUUUCAUUAUAUGUGGGAUUACAGCAGCAACCAAUAUCAAUAAUUAUGGGAUUGAAGGCAAUGCACCAUAUUGCUGGAUGGCAUGGGAGCCUAGUCUUGGUGCUUUUUAUGGGCCAGUAGCAUUCAUUGUGCUAGUCACCUGUGUUUACUUUCUCUGCACGUACGUGCAACUGAAGCGCCAUCCUGAACGCAAGUAUGAGUUAAAGGAAAAGACAGAAGAUCCGCAGAGAAUGCCAAGUACUGAGGUGGGCCAUGGUCGUAUUACAGACUCUGUGUCCGUUCCCCAGGCAACCUGCUCCAUGAUUUCUUCUUCCUUAUUGGAAAAUGAGCAUUCAUUUAAGGCUCAGCUUCGAGCCGCAGCAUUCACUUUGUUCCUGUUUACUGCCACUUGGACCUUUGGAGCACUUGCAGUAUCUCAAGGUCAUUUCUUGGACAUGAUAUUUAGCUGUCUUUACGGAGCCUUUUGUGUGACCUUGGGGCUUUUCAUCCUGAUCCAUCACUGUGCAAAGAGAGAUGAUGUGUGGCAUUGCUGGUGGUCCUGUUGCCCAUCUAGAAGAAACACCUAUUCUGUCCAAGUUAAUGUGCGCCCAAAAGUUAAUGUCAAUGGUGACACUCAAGUUCAUGCACCUUGUCUUCAGGAAUCACCAUGUCCCAACAAAACAGCUGUGUUUAAUCAUCCAGCAGCUAGCCACUGCAAACUUACUAACCUACAAGCAGUUCAAAAUCAUGUUAACUGCCUUUCGCCUGUGACACCAUGUUGUGCAAAAAUGCACUGUGAUCAGCUACUUGAUGAUGAAGCUCACAUUCAUGUCCACAACGAGGGAACCUUCAGACCCAAUAUGCACAUUCAUAGAUGUCUGAAAGGCAGAACUAAGCCACGUUAUUUCAGUCGGCAUAGGUCUGCAGGUGAAAGAGAAUACGCCUAUCACAUUCCUUCAAGUAUCGAUGGCAGCAUCCACAGCUCACAUACAGACAGUCCCCACAGUACGCAUGAUAGCCAGUCAGGUCACAGACGGGCCUGCUGCUCAAAAAGCGAUCCAUAUCCUACUGUCAACCAGCCUGAAAGUAGCGACGCAAGUACUGUAAUAUAUAGUUGUGCUAAAAUGCCAGAAAGUGACACUGUGCACCAUCCAGCUCAUUUUGAAAUGCACCCACGGACACAGUCAUUGCCGUUUAACACGACGAAUCACAACGGAAUUCUCAAGGGAAACGUGCAUGAAGCCAUGAUAUACAGCUCAGAUAGUACAGGAAAUAUCAAAACUGGCCCUUGGAAAAAUGAAACUACUGUGUAGUUCAUGGGCCAUCAUAAUGUGUUUUUUCCCCCUAAACCAUCGUUAUCUUUGUUUUUAUUCCAAACUAAAUAAGAUGACAUAUUUGUGUAGCUCAUCAGUAAAUUGUACAGCUUUUCCAUCUUUAUUUCCAUUUUCUUAGUAAGAGUCUAAAAGAGAGAUAGUGACAGUAUUAAAGUGAAGUUAUUUUUAAAAGAAAGUUAUACAAUUAUUCUGAAAGAUAAUUAGAAAAUGAAGUCUAGACAAUUGAAUAUGAGAGGCAAUAUCCUUUUGUUACACAGAACAACAUUUCUUUAGAAAUACAUCAUUUUCAUCCAUUGUUUUCACUUUUGUUCUGUAGUAACUUCGGACACUUUUUAUAAACAUAUCAGCAUCUUAAACUUUUACUUAUUUAUUUUUGUAGCAAAAUAUUAUUACUGUGCCAUGGAUUUUAAUCAGAAGUGACUAUGGUAGAAAUGAUAAACAGGAUUUUAUAAAAUUACAGCUUUUUAGAUCUACAAAAGUGAUACUGCCUCUAAAGAUCUUCUGUAGCAUAUGGCCUGUAAAGUCGUGUAAUGUACACUCUCUGUUCUGUCCUUUUUCUUGUUGGAGAGAAGUGCUAGGUAAUGUCUCUGUUACACCUAUGGUGCUGUAUUGGUUGUAGUUUGCAUGACAUAUGUCAGGAUAUACCAUUUGCUGUUUUCUAGUGUUACAUGUGUUAAAAAAAGAACAAAAAAAAGUGUUGUACAAGGCUGUGAAAAACCCUAUUAUUAAUCUAGAGCAUUAUAAAUCUACAGAAAAAAAAAUCACUCUGCACUAGUUUAAGUGGCUCAAUCCUUUGUAUAAGGUUAUAUGAUAGCUUUGAUAAGGGUCCACUCUAAUGUCUUUACAGAGCAUGCACUACUCAUUGUACGUGACACUGUGCGGUGUAAUAGCAGUUGUCUCAACAAGUUUUACACUUCUUUGUAAAGUAUGCCUUUUGAACAAACCUGUAAGCUGUUUCACGACAACCUUUCCACAUCUGUUAAGGUAGAGCAGUUUUAUCAUUAACUCUUU